AUGGACAGCAUGCGGAAACAAUUUGAUCAGGACCUCCUCUUGGAUGGUCGUUACCAAACCUUGUCUCCUCUCAACCAUGGUUCUUUUGGAAUGGUCUUCUUGGCUAAGAACGUCAAGACUGACGCUACUGUUGCCAUCAAGUGCAUCAUCAAGUCAGGCUCCGACACUUGCCCUACCGCCAUCGCUGUUGAUGAUCGUUCCGAGGAGCUAGAGAUUCACUCCCACCUCGGCUCUCAUCCCAACAUUGUCAGUCUGGUUGACACUUUUGAGACAGAGCACCACACGUAUCUGGUUAUCGAGUUCUGCCCCAACGGAGAUCUCUAUGAGGCAAUUCGUCUCAACAGAGGUCCUCUGGAAACUGAGCAUGUGCGUGACUUCAUGAUGCAGCUGAUCUCCGCCGUCGAGUUCAUGCACGCUAAGGGAGUCUACCACCGUGACAUCAAGCCCGAGAACAUCUUCUUGACUCAAUCGGGCUCGAUGAAGCUUGGUGACUUCGGUCUCGCUACCAGAGACAAGUGGUCCACAGAGUACGCUGUCGGCAGUGAUCGUUACAUGGCUCCUGAGCAGUUCCAAGAGACAAGCUACACCCAGGGUUACUCCCCCGCUGCUGCCGAUAUUUGGGCUAUUGGUAUCUGUUUGUUGAACGUCUUGUUCUCACGCAACCCGUUUGCUACUCCUACCCAGUCGGAUCCCAUCUUCGACGACUUCGUCAUGGACCGUCAAUCUCUCUUCGACGUCUUCCCAACCAUGUCUCAGGACACUUUCAACGUCUUGAUGCACUCUCUUGCUCUUGACCCCGCCAAGCGCUCUCUGGAUGCUGUUCGCUCUGCCCUCAAGUCGGUCGUUAGCUUCACUACUGACGACGAUGCCAUGGAUGACUUCUGCAUUGAGGAUCGCGAUCCUAUCCGUGCUACCCUCAACCGCGAGCCUCUGCGCACUCCAUCGAUCACAAGCCCUACCAUCGAUAAUGGUGGCUGCUUCCCUUGGGCAAAGGCUCUGCGCGAGACUUCGCAGAAGCAUGGUCGUCAACUCUCGGUCAUUCUUGACAACGAAAGCUACACUGAAGACCUCUUCCCUGAAGAGAAGGAGACUACUGGUAAGAGCUGGUUCACUUCCACGGAUCCUGAUUCGACUUCCUUGAACUCGGCCAUCGAGUCUUCUCUGGGCAUGUCGUACAAGUCUGCCAACAACUCUGCUGAGCUCAUUGGUCACGCUUCUUCCAGACCAGUUCCCAUCUCUGCGUCCGUCCCCAUCAAGAGCUCUCGGGCUUUGGCUUCGGUCUAUGGUAACAUGGAUGAGAAUUUCUCGAAGAGCUGGAGCGAUCUCUGGGAGGAAGACGAAGAAGAGGAGCUGCAACACCCUGCUUUCAAUUCGACUGCCAGCCUUGAACGCUGUACUACCGUCAAGCCUUUCGAGCCUAGUCCCUUGUCAGCUGUCACGGCUGCAAUGGACAUCAAGAAUGCUUCUGGUCGUUCUUCAACCCCUCGCGGUUUGAGUGAGCUUGAGAUUGCCGACCAAGGUCGCGAUAUUCCUGGUGCUUCUCGUCCUAAGCCAGUCGUUGGUGUUGCUUCUUCUGCACCUGUUCUUCAGAAGUACUCACCGCCUUCCAAACGAUCGAUCGUUGACAAGUGGUCAGCUUUGGGUAACCUCAGACGUGGAAACAAGAACGAAUCAGUUUCCGCUUCGAGCAAGCCUGCUCCUGUCACGCCCCAGAAGAAGAUGGAGAAGCCCGAAAAGACUGAGAAGUACAGUUUCACUCCCUUCAGCACCAGUGCUAAGAAGCCUAAGUCUCGUGGACGUGCUACCAGCUGGCGUAAAGACAGUCCCAUGGCCGCAAAUUCACCUGCUUAUCAUGGCAACACCGCUGCUUGGGAGCGUAAGCCUCAGAGCAACUCUCAUGUCUCACCUCCUCAUGAUUUAUGGCAAAGCACCCGCGACUGGCGUCAACACCCGGAACCUCAACACUUCUUCAACUCCCCCUCUCAGCAAGCCCCGCACUCAGCCUGCGACUUGCGGACAGCAGCUGUUGAAGUCAAACAAGCCACACGUUGA